AUGAGCAAGCCGCCCUCGCCACGACGGUCACACAGUGACCCAGGCCUUGAGCGCCUAGAUACGCGCUUGAGCUCGGACGAGGGGUACGUUCCGUCACUGCCCUCAACCCCACCUCGUCCCACGAUCGAGCGAACACAAACAAAUGGCUCAGGUAAGCCAUACUCUGCCUUUGACGAGCGCACAAAGUGGACCGUAGCGGCACUGGGCGGCGUCGCGGCCGUCUUCUCGCCCAUCAGCUCCAACAUCUUCGUGCCCAUCAUCCCGCUCUUGGCGAAAGAGUUCAACCGGAGCGAGCAAGAUAUCACCCUCGCCGUGACGGUCUAUCUCGUGUGCCAAGCCGUGACGCCGUCCUUUUUCGGUGCUGCAAGCGACAGUUAUGGCCGUCGACCCAUAUUCCUCAUCACAAUGGUCAUUUACCUUGGCGCAAACAUCGGGCUCUCGCUCAUGCCUACGUCUGCGUACUGGCUCCUCCUAUUGCUGCGAUCCGUGCAAAGCAUUGGCGGCAGCGCUGUGAUAUCCAUCGGCGCCGGCGCUGUUGCCGACAUUGCCGCGCCAAGGGAGAGGGGAAAGUACAUGGCUAUCUUUACUUGUGGUGCAAUGAUCGGGCCGGCCAUCGGGCCGUUCUUGGGCGGUCUGUUGGCUCAGACUCUCGGAUGGCGCUCCGUGUUCUGGUUCCUCACCAUCGCUACGAUCUGCGUCAUGGUCCCAUUUCUCUUCUUUUAUCCCGAAACACUGAGGAGUAUUGUCGGGGACGGGUCGAUACCCCCGCCACCUCUCAACGCUUCCCCGAUCGCAUUGUGGCACAUGCACCAACAAAAGAAGGCUGGCGUCGAGCCAGAUCCCAUCGACCGCCCACUACACAAGAAAUACAACCCUCUCUCAGCCUUUUUGAUCCUCUUCACGCCCGAGCUCCUCAUCAUCUUCGUAUUCGUUUCCCUCCCUUACCUCGAAUUCUACUGCCUCCUGACCGUCUUCUCAACAGCCCUCAAGGACAGCUACCACCUCUCGGAACUGCAGAUCGGUCUCUGUUACCUCCCCGGUGGGGCUGGUACUAUUACCAGUGCCCUCCUAAAUGGCAAGCAGCUGGACUGGUAUUACCAGCGCGAGGAGAGACGAGUUGGCGGUGAACAUCGAAAAAAGCCAGAUACGUUCCGCCUCGAACUGACCCGCAUACGUUGCAUGUACCCCUUCAUGGCCGUGUUUUGUAGCGCAGCCAUCGCACUCGGCUGGUGUCUCCAAGCACGAGCCCCCUUGGCCGCCACGCUGGUCAUGCAGUUCCUCGUGGGCCUGGGAACGGGAACGAUUAGCACAGCAACGAUUUACGGGCAGGACAUCUUACCUGGAAAGGGAGGGGCUGUUAGUGCGAGUUUGAACCUCGUACGAUGCGCUUUUGGGGCAUUGGGAACCGGCGUCAUCCAACUCAUGUAUACCGCAUUGGGGGCGGGGUGGACGUUUGUGCUCCUCUCUGGCAUCUGUGUUGCUGGCACGCCCCUCUCCUUUGUGGUGAUUCGGUAUGGCAAGGGGUGGCGGGACGCUCGAGAGGCCCGGGCGGCAGCGAAGCGUGCCAAGAAGAGUGUGAGCAUCAACUUGGGCGAGAGGAAGGAGGCAAGGGCCGACGUGUGUCAGGAGGGCGAGGAGAAGGCGCAGAGAUCAUGA